AUGCUGUUCUUCAGUUUCUUCAAGACCCUGACCCAGCAGACCGUCACGGUCGAGCUGAAAAAUGACAUCUCCAUCCGCGGCACCCUGAAGUCCGUCGAUCAGUACCUGAAUAUCAAGCUGGACGACAUCACGGUGCUGGAUGAACUGAAAUAUCCCCACUUGUCGUCCGUGAAGAACAUCUUCAUCAGAGGUUCGGUGGUACGAUACGUGCACUUGCCGCCUGACAAGGUCGACAGGGGACUUCUGGAGGAUGCUUGUCGGAGAGAAGCCAUGAGUCAAAAGGGGAAAGGAACUUAA